CAUGACUCAACUCUGAAGGACGAAGAAGACAUGAAUUAGCGCGGGCUGAGCUGAGAUUUAAUUGAGCAGUUGAAGCAGUGUGCUCACUUCUAUUGAAAGAACCCGAUAUUUACUAAUUAACUGCAAGAUUCAAGAAAUCAAUAUACGCUGAGAACAAUCGAGACCAGGCGGCGUUUAGGAGGACUUCACCAAAUUUAGCACCACUAAGGUGAUGCAGCUCUAGUAUAGAUAUCUUUGACGUUUCGUCCUGGCGUUAAAUAGUACGAGGUGUUCUCCGCCUGACAGUCAUGUACGAAAUGUCAUUCGUUGACGAUGACUCCGAAGAUUUCAGGAUCCAGGACUUGCUGGGCGAGGGGUCUUUCGCUCAGGUCUACAAAUGCGUCGAGACCAAGUCACAAACAGUGUUCGCUCUGAAAGAAUUUGACCAGAAACACAAGGAAUUUGAUGAGAAAGCUGUAGAACAAGAGGUACAAGUAUGGAGUGAUGUUGUUCACGAGAACAUCGUUCGACUGUACGCGUCCUUUGCCGCAGGCUCUUAUAUGUACUUUGUCCUGGAAUACGUGGACGGGGGAAGCCUAUUUAAUCACAUGAUGCAGAGGCACAAAUAUAGCGAAAAAGAAGCUGCGAACAUUUUGAAACAGGUACUUGAAGCUCUUCAUUACCUUCACAAGAAACGAAUCGUCCAUCGAGAUGUCAAACCAGAUAACCUACUAGUCAAACAGGUUCCAGAUACCGCUGGAAAAUCUAAACAGCAUCUUACAAUCAAGUUAUGUGACUUUGGAUUUGCGUUCAAACUUCCACCAGGUGUCGAGGUCACGUGUUGUCCUCCGCGGGGCGCGCCGAUGUUUUUGGCGCCAGAAACAAUUCUCGACAAUCCUAUUGGUCGACCGGUGGAUAUGUGGUCCACAGGUGUACUUCUACACAUCUUAGUGGCGGGCUAUCCACCAUUCUGGCACGACAACAGCGAGAAAAUGCUACUGGCGGCGGUGCGAGGCCAGUUUAGUUUGACUACUCCAACUUGGAGCAAAAUUUCCAAGUCCUGCAAAGAUCUGGUCAAAUCUAUGCUUGCCGUGCAGACAUCCCAGCGUAUCACGGCUGUCGAAGCCAUACGACAUCCUUGGUUUUUCAACGUGUCAGAGUUGGACUCACCGCAUCCGCGAAGAAAAAACAGUAGUGUGCUGUCGAAAAGUUCUCGACUGACAGAGAAGCUCAAGUGCACCAUCAGCGAGAUGCACUCAAGCAUGAAGCUGCAGAGUUUGAGUCUCGAUCCUUUGAAGGGAAAAUUUUUUCCGCUCUAUCACUCAGCAAUGAAUCUUUCCGAACUUAACAGAUGAUAGUAGCUGCGUUUGUCUCGCACAAUCAAUUUUGUUCAGCCUUGUCCGUACGGCAUGCCAUGGAAAUCUUAACAGAUUCGUUGAUUACUAGUGUCGAGGUGGCGGGGCCGGGGUGUGCUCACAUUUCAGACGCCAAGAAGUCUCGACAAUCCUAUCGCUCUACCAGCGGGAUUGUGGUCAAGCAGUGUUCCCCUCUUUCUUUUUCUCGCUCUUGAGAGGAUACCUCCUUCAAAAAUCCCCUAAAAUUUAUUUUCGCUUCUCGUUUGUUUACCUGACUGAAGGAGGAACCCAAAGUUAAGUCAGAUGGCCUGGUUACAUAUGCGCGCGCAAGGACUAAUUCUUCUAAAUUUUGAUACGAAAAAUCGAGUGCGAAUGAAAUUAAGUUAUCAAAAUUUUGUGCAUUAAACAAAGUUUCUGGAUUUCCUCUGAAAUUCCCAACCAUGGGAUGGUCAGGUGGGACGGCAUUUAUAGACAAUGGCGAGAUAAGAAGGCACAGUGAAACGUCUGGUCCCAGUGUUUCACGUAUUUAAGUGUUCUUACGUGGUCAUCAUUCACUCUAUAAAGAUUAUUUUAUUCUUAGUUUCAUGAUCAGCAAGAGUAAUUCUUGGGAUGAAGUUUCAAAAUAUGAUCAACUUCUUCCUUUUCAUUAUUAAAAAUCCACUCCUAAAUGGUUCCAGAUAACCACUAAACCUAAAAGAGUGCAAACACUGAUGGAAACAUUACUGUGCAGUUCAAAUUACAGCAUAGGCAUUUCCACUCACAUUCCACCUUGAAGAUGUAAAAAUUAUUCCACUAAUAAGCAAACCAAACAACAAAAACACCAUCUUGACUGUAUCACUAAAGGGUAAUACAAAAUAAAAAAUUCAAAUUAUA